AUGUUAAGUAUUUUUACUCGUAUAACAACAUUUUUAUUAUGUAUAUUGGCUGUUUGGAAUUAUGUGUUAUUAUUUCGCCGAACAUUUGUUAUUACAUUUAGUCAACGAAAUACCAUACAUACGCUUCCAGGUGAAAUCAAUGCGUUAAGUUCAUAUGGAAUAUUAAAAGGUCAAACAGCACAUUAUUAUUAUUAUUAUUUGAAAUCGAACAAUUCAUCAUUUAUAUUAAUACACACACGUUUUCUAUUAUUAUUUGCUCUUGUAAUCAUGGCAACUAGUUAUUCAUCAAUAUCACAACGUGAACGUAAUACUCAACCAUUUUUUCCGAAUUCGGCAACACAUGCUGAUCAAUGUCGUUUUGUUUGUAUUUAUCCGGCUUAUAUAAAUGCAAAAAAAACACGAGCACAAGGCCGUCGUGUUAGCAAAUCAAAAGCUGUCGACAAUCCAUCGGUUAAUGAAAUACGUGAUAUAUUAGAGAAUGCUGGUUUAAAAGCGAUUGUAGAAGCAAAUCGUUUAUAUUGUCGAGAAGAAUCACGUGAACCACAAUAUCGUGGUCGAGUUCGUGUACAAUUAAAAAAUGGUGAUGAAUCAUUAGUUAAGGAACAAUUUAAAACAAAAGAUGAUUUAUUAUUUUAUCUUGUUGAAAUGAUACCAAAAUUAAAAACACGUAGUGGAAAUCAACAACAACAACAACAGCAACAAAAUCAACAAGGUGGAGGCAAAGGCAAGAAACGUUAG